AUGGGCUUGGCUGGGCAAGGCUGGCUGCAGGAGCGCUCAGGUAUGCAGGGUGGCCGGCAGCCCAGUCUUGAACUGGACAGCGUUCGGGACACGGUCCCCCCAGACCGAGGGGGCUGUUGCCCUGCCCUCCGCAGGCUGGUCCCUGUCGGCUUUGGGGCCGAGGCGUGGACGCUCUUUGCCCUUUCCGGACCCCUGUUCUUGUUCCAGGUGCUGAAUUUCAUGAUCCACAUUGUGAGCUCGGUGUUUUGUGGGCACCUGGGCAAGGUGGAGCUGGCGUCAGUGACCCUCUCGGUGGCCUUUGUCAAUGUCUGUGGAAUUUCCAUAGGAAUAGGCUUGUCCUCAGCCUGUGACACCUUGAUGUCCCAGAGCUUCGGGAGCCCCAACAAGAAGCACGUGGGGGUCAUCCUGCAAAGGAGCACCCUGGUGAUGCUUCUCUGCUGCCUCCCCUGCUGGGCACUCUUCCUCAACACCCACAACAUCCUGCUUCUCUUCAGGCAGGACCCAGCCGUGUCCAGGUUAACUCAAGAGUACGUGCUCAUCUUCAGCCCGGCACUUCCGGCGACUUUUCUUUACAGCCUGCUGGCAAAGUAUUUGCAAAAUCAGGUACGGGUCCCUGGCCAGAGGAGCGACAACCCCUGGACGUCCCCGGGCUUGUCCACACCCCCUGGCCCUGGCCCUGCCCCCCGCCCCAGCAAGGCCAGUGGUUGUUUAUUUCAGGGAAUCGUCUGGCCCCAAGUCCUCAGUGGCAUUGUGGGCAACUGCAUCAAUGGCUUGGGCAACUACAUCCUGGUUUCCGUGCUGAGCCUGGGGGUCAGGGGCUCUGCUUACGCCAACACUAUCUCCCACAUCCUGCAGACCAUCUUCCUCUUUCUCUACAUUGUGCUGAAGAAGCUACACCUGGAGACGUGGGCAGGCUGGUCCGGCCAGUGCCUGCAGGACUGGGGCCCCUUCUUCUCUCUGGCUAUUCCCAGCAUGCUCAUGGUGUGCAUGGAGUGGUGGGCCUACGAGAUCGGGAGCUUCCUCAUGGGCCUGCUCAGCGUGCUGGACCUCUCCGGCCAGGCCAUCAUGUACGAAUUGGCCACCACAGUCUACAUGAUUCCCCUGGGGCUCAGCAACGCCGUCUGUGUCCGUGUGGGGAUGGCCCUGGGAGCUGCAGAUACAGUGCAAGCCAAGCGGUGGGCCAAGUCAGGCAUGCUUUGCACAGGCGGCACCUCGCUGGUUGUGGGCAUCUUGCUGAGCACCCUGAAAAAUAAACUGGGGCGUAUUUUUACAAAUGAUGAACAAGUCAUUGCCCUGGUGAACAAGGUCUUGCCAAUUUACACCGUCUUUCAGCUCUUUGAGGCCAUCUGUUGCGUCUAUAGCGGAGUUCUGAGAGGAAGCGGCAAGCAGGCCUUUGGAGCCGUCGUGAACACGGUCAUGUAUUAUGUCAUCGGCCUCCCGCUGGGCAUUGUUCUGACCUUUGUGGUCAGAAUGGGAAUCAUGGGCCUCUGGCUGGGCAUGCUGGCCUGCGGCCUCCUGGGAGCUGCUGCGUUUGCUGUCUACACCACCCGGAUGGACUGGAAGCUAGCUGCAGAGGAGGCCCAGAAACAUGCCGGACUGCUGCCGCAGAGCACUGACAGCACGGUGGCCACGGUGGCCACGGUCCCCCGACCCGGGCCUGCAGAAGCCGUCACCUCUUCAGUGGCCACGGGUGCCUCUCCUGGCGUCACCCUGACAACGUAUUCAAGGCCCGAGAGCCACCUGGACCUCUUCAGGGCUCCGGAGGCAGCCCAGGCCCUUCCAGCUCCGGCCAGCAGACUGUCAGCCAGACAGCUGGCCAUCCGCCGCGGGGCCGCCCUGGGGAUGGCGUCAGGCACGCUGACGGCCGGGCUGGUCGUCCGGGUCCUGACCGCCAGACACUAGCCGAGCGGCUCGGAGACGGAAAGGAGGCCAAGGGUGGCCGCACCCACAGGCCUCCACACCGGUCCCCCUACAACAGCACCCUGGGGAUCCAGUGCGGGUGGAUGGACACUUUGGACCGCAUCUCAAAAACAAAACCUUCGGCCGGCGCCUCGUGUGACGUGACGGUUCUGUCGACCUGGCCUGCUCUGCUCUGCUCUUUAAGAGGACGUCAGCCGACCGGAGAGGGACAAUCCUGGGGUUGCUUCAAAUCGGGAGAUUUCAAAUCAAGACACAAUGUAAAAAACCAGUUACCCAAUUAAAAGCUACAUAUUUCCUA